AUGUCGGACUCUGUCGAUCCUGUCGCAUCCGUACCCUCUGUUGUGUCCUCCACCGACUUGCAUCUUCGCACGCGGUUAGGGACUCAAUACAACUAUGCCUGUCCUCCCGUCAACUCACGCGUUGCAGAGGGGACCGACGAAACUCGCGCAGAUCCCGGCAGCAGCGGCGGCGGCGGCGGCGGCGACGGCGCAGCAUGGACGCCGUUCCGGCGGGACCUGCUGGUGCUGGGCGCGGCGUUUCUCGCGCUCUUCGCGGCGUACAGCGCCAUUCAGAACCUCGAGACGUCGCUGCACCCGCGCGCCGGCAUGGGCGCCGUGUCCCUCGCCGUGAUCUACGGCGGCAUCGUCGUGUUCGCGCCGCUCGCGCCCGCCGUGAUCCGUUACUUGCGGCCGCGAGGCGCCAUGCUGGUGGGCAUGUCGGGGUACUGCGCGUACAUCGCCGCCAACGCCGUCGACUCCAGCUGGCUGCUGCUGUUGUCCGCGGGGUACCUGGGCGCGAGCGCGUCCGUGCUGUGGGUGGCGCAGGGGCUCUACAGCGUCAUGCUCGCGCGCGGACACGCCGCCGCCGCGGGCGUGGCGGAGCAGGCGGCGAUCGCGGAGUUCAGCGGAACCUUCUGGGGAAUCUUCGCAGCCAAUCAGGUGGUGGGCAACGCCGUCACCUUCCUCGUCUGCCAGCUCAUGGCGCUCCUCUUCCCCCCCGCGCCCUCUGCGUCCUCUGCGCUUGCUACUCCUGCUGCGCCUUCCCCUGAGAGUCUACCUCCCGCUACAGUCACGGUGCUGAUAGUCACGUUCUUGCUGUUCCUGGCGCUGGCCGCGGCGCUGACGUGGCGGCUGACGGACCUCUCGGAGGACCACCCCCUCUGCUGCCCCGCGCCUGCGCCUCUCGUGGGUGGUGCGCUGGUGGCGGAAGUGAGAGGCGGCACUACGGGGGAAGACGAGGAGGAGGGGGGUGAGAGGGGGGAUGAGGGGGAAGGGAAGGCUUUGCUGGGAAGCCAAGUGGUGGCAGGGCGAUCAGAGGAGUGGGGAGCGGUGGAGGAGUCAGGACCAGCAGGCGGGGCAGGGGACGCGCUGGGAGUGGCGUGGAUCGGGGGGGUCAUGUCCGUGUUUGGCGUCGCCAACAGCCUCGCGUGCAUGGCAGCGGCACGCCUCUCCUCGGGACUGCACUCCAUCCUCGCCACGCUGCUAGUCGGUGCCGCCUGCCAGAUCGCUGUGCUGCUCUCCCUCAUGCUCUUCACGCCCUUCACCGUCACUUCGUGGGUGGCAUUCACGGUGGUGUUGGUGCAAGCAGUGCUGUGGGGGGUGGGGGAUGCCGCCUUCCAGUCACAGAUCAACGCACUGCUGCCUCUCGUCUUCCCUCGAGACAUGGACGCCUCGUUUGCGCACAUGAAGAUGUGGACCAGUGCUGCCUCCUCCCUCAUGUUCCUCCUCAGCCCGCACCUCUCCAUGCCCGCCAAAGCAGUUUUUCUCACCGCCUCCUGUGCCGUCUCCCUGCCUCUCAUGCUCGCUGUCGUGCACGUGCCAUAG